AUGGGAUCUCUUUCCCAUGAGAGGAAGAGCGAUACCGGUGCUUCCUUCCCGUCGUCGAUUUCUUCCUCUCCCUCUCCCUCUCCCUCCCUUUGUUCGCCCAAUUCUUCGGGUGCGAAGUACAUCGAGCAUAAUGUGUCCAAGUUGGACACGCUUGCUGGCAUCGCCAUAAAAUACGGCGUCGAGGUUGCAGAUAUCAAACGGAUUAAUGGUCUAGUGAUGGAUCUUCAGAUGUUUGCUCACAAAUCAUUGCUUAUUCCUCUUCCUGGAAGGCAUCCCUCAUCUCCUCCUAUUCGAUCUAAUGGUUUUGUUGAUAACAGGGAUCGGACUCCUAUCUGUCGUCCUCGGAGAGAUGUCUUAGAUUCUCCCCAGCCAUUGAAGUCAAAAUCCCAACAACAUCAUGAAAUCUCGUCUGCCAUGUGUAGCUUGCGAAGAUACUAUGAUCUUCCACAACAUGAAAGGAGUCCUACAGCUGAAGGCACCGAAAUGACCUUAUACAAAACAGGUGGUGCACUGAACUCCAAAGAUGAACCACUACCUAAAGUGUCACCGGCUUCUAACUCACAGCCUCGGAGGUCAAGAGGUUUCAUCAACAGCUUCCUUUCGGAAGAAGGUGACCUUAUGCAAGAAUUAUUAGUCAGUAGAUCUGGGGAUUCCAGUGAUGGUGAGAAUUCCAAGACCGAUAAGCCUGUCAGGCGGCGUCAGAGAGCCGAUGCUGAUCCUUUCGGCAUCUCCGAGGCAGUUGUCAAGGAUGAGAGCCAAAGCCUCCUAGGAAGGAUGGUGAGAGGGUUAACCCCAAAGCAGUUGCUAGUGAGUUACACCGAUACUGAGUCGGCACGCCAAAGCACAAGUUCCUUGGAGGAGUCUCUUGUAGCCAAUGGGUUUCUCGCAGUAAGGAAGUCAUCAAGCACCCCGAGUUUGCAGGAAUCAGAAAAUGACUCUGUAUGGACCUCUUCUUCUAAAUGGACUUCGAAGCCUGAUACUGUUACAAGGCCAAUUUUCUAUGGUCUAUCGAAACAGAUCAGUGUUUGGAGAAGCAAAGCUGCUCUAGAUUGA